UUGCAGAGAGAAAGUGCUGUGCGUUACAAUGUAGACGACAGUACAAUUGUGUCACGUUUACAAUCAACGCAUUUAGAUUUGAAUUUGGAAAGCAAUACAAAUGAGCACACUUCUGUUUCGGGCAAAUCUGAUCUGUUGGCACGACCACGUGGAAGCGUCACUCGACGUCAUUCUAUUCCAAUUUUACAUAGCGGAGCAAUUUUCCGCAAUGGAAUAAUUCAGUUGAUGUCACAAGGAUUAGAUCCAUUGCAAGAGAAUUCAAAUGAAGCAAGUAAUAAUACAUCCGAACGAAAUAUACUGAACGAAAACGCUUAUGAUCGGCAAUAUGAAUCAAAUACUGAUCAAAAGGUUGAUGCAGCGUAUGAGGUGGAUCGUACGGAUGUAGGAACGGAUCAAAAAGAACCUUCAACUAAUAAACGGACUUCAAUUUGCCCUAAUACAGCUUCUGUAUUAGAAAUUAAAGAAAUAUUAGAAGAAGACGAAGAAAAACCAUUGGAUAUGUCUUGGCCAGAAAAAUCACAUCGACAAUUACUGUAUUUAUUCCUAUCUCCUAUUUUAUUUCCAUUAUGGGUAACACUUCCUGAUGUUAGGAAAAAGCCUUCGCGUAAAUGGUUUCCAUUUACUUUUGUUGGUUCUAUUUUAUGGAUUGCAUUUUACUCAUAUUUAAUGGUAUGGAUGGCAAAUACAAUUGGAGAAACAAUCGCCAUACCAACUGAAGUAAAUUUAGCCAAGUAUAAAUAUUAA